AUGAAUGGCUACGGAUCACCCUACCUCUACAUGGGGGGCCCGGUGUCUCAGCCCCGCGCGCCCCUCCAGAGGACGCCCAAGUGCGCUCGCUGCCGGAACCACGGCGUGCUCUCUUGGCUCAAGGGACACAAGCGCUACUGUCGCUUCAAGGACUGUACCUGCGAGAAAUGCAUACUGAUAAUCGAGAGGCAGAGAGUGAUGGCGGCGCAGGUGGCGCUUCGUAGACAGCAGGCGAAUGAGAGUUUGGAGAGUCUCAUCCCGGAGUCCCUGAGAGUGAUGCCCGGCAUGGCCGUGGCCGGAGGUGGAGAGGGCACCCAGGGCGCGCCAUCGCGCACUGGAGAAAUAGACCUGAGGUGGGGGAGCGAUACGGGGACCGCACAUCCAGCUAAGGACCUGAGUGAUGAUGUGUCAGGUGAGCAGUCUGGAGGGGAGAACGGCAGCACCACCAGUGACAAGGAGCAGGACCAAGUCAGCUCCCCUGAAGAGCCCAAAUCAGGCUCCUGCUACACCCCAGACCCUCCUGAGUCCACGCCACAGCCCGAGGAGAGCCACUACAGCCUGCAGAAGCUCAGCUCCGACCCCCCUGAGCCCAAACUGGACAGCACGAGGUACACGGCCGAGCAGAGUCUGUUAAUCGAGGGACUCUCUGGGUCAGUGUCCCUGCCGUUCAACUUGAGGGCCAACCGGCCCCCGCUGGAGGUGCUCAAGAAGAUCUUCCCAGGCCACAAGCCUGCCGUGCUGGAGCUGAUCCUCAAGGGCUGCGGCGGGGACCUGGUGGGAGCCAUCGAGGUGCUGCUGUCCAGCCGCUCGGCCCUCAAGGCGGACAAGGCCCAGGCCGAGGCCUCCCACGGAGACACCCUGGUGCUCCCGUCCGGCGGGCCUCUCUUCGAGCACGCCCUGGGGCCCUACUCGCUCUCCUCUUCCUCCGCCUCCUCGUCCUCCGCCUCCAAGUGGUCAGUGGGCUCGGCCUUCCGCGUGCCUGACUCGCUGCGCUUCUCGUCCGAGUCGCCGGGGGUGAUAUCAGGCCCACUGGGGAUGCCCCUGCAGCACCCUUUCCCCCAGCCCCCGCGCUACCCCCUGAUGCUGCGCAACUCGCUGACGCGCGGCCAGGCCGGACCCUUCAUGCACAACGACGUGACGCUGUGGAAUACCAUGACACUGCAGCAGCAGUACCAGCUGAGGUCGCAGUACAUCUCGCCCUUCUCCGCCGCAUCCCCUGCCGGCAUGUUCCGCAGCUCUCCGGUCCUCUCCUCCCCCUCCUCCCGGCCCUCGGAGGAACACCGGCUGGCUCUCUCCGAGGACGCCUGCUCGGUCAUCCCCAAACAGACUCUGUACACUGCCGACGAGGACUAUGACGAUCGGUCCGACUCCUCAGACUCUAGGAUCUUGAACUCUUCGACCUAACGCACUGGUUCAGACACAGGUAACGCAAAAGAUUGGACUUGACAACGCCCCCCCACCCCCACUCUCCCUUCACCCCCACCCCCAGUAUGUGCAAAGAAUUUUUUUUUUGCUCUUCUUUGAGAAAAAGAUCCAAAUAAAUAAAUAAAGGCAUUUGUUUAAUCGUAAACUUUCCCCCACAUACAAAAACAAUCAACACUAUGAAAUGAAUAUGAACAAAAAGUGAAUGAUAUGGAUUGUAUUUGUUUGUGAAAAUCUAUAUCUCCCCGGCACUGCAUGUGAAUGGGUCUUCAAAUGUAGAAAUAAUCAAGUCAUUAUGCAUGAGAAGAGUAUGUCUAAUAAAUCCCUCACUCUACCC